CUAGUUUAGCAAGAAGAAGAAGGAGUGCGACAGAAGCUGACUGAAGCACAAUUGAAUGUUUCCAAAAUAAAGCAGAGGACAUAGGAACAGAUCUUGCCUCCAGGGAAGCCUUGAGUGUCAUCUUGGACUUUUAAGCCUAUGUCAAGAUUGCUGGUCUUCAAACAAACCGUGUGUAUGGAAGGCCUUAACUGUGCUAUGCUGUUACUCAGGAAUAUGUUUUUGGUGUUAUAUGUUCCUCUACUGUGGCCUUUAUUUCUGUUGGUGGAUUGUCAGGAAGUUAUUACCUUGUCCGUGCAGUAUCAGGUGUUGGAAGAAGUGCAGCCUGGUACUGUGUUGGGCAGGUUAGGUGAGGAAGUUGGCCGGACCGAGGGCAAUUGGACCACAGGGACCUUCCAGCUGCUCCAGUCUUCUGCAGUGUUUCCUAUACAGAUGGACUCUCGAGAUGGUUUGCUAAGCACGACAGGGAGGCUGGACAGGGAGCAGCUUUGCCACCAUAGAGAUCCUUGCCUCAUAUCAUUCAGUGUUCUGGCUUCUAAAUACUUCACUUUGAUCCAUGUGGAGAUUCAUGUCAUAGACAUUAAUGACAAUGGGCCUCAGUUUCACCAAACAUCUCUGGAACUGGAGAUACCAGAAAGUGUAAUAUUACAGACACGGAUACCUUUGGAUCGUGCCCUGGACUUUGAUAUUGGAUCUAAUGCAUUGUGUUCUUACUUCCUGUCACCCAAUGAACAUUUUGCCUUGGAGGUAACACCUGUUUCUGAUGGAACUCAGUGGCCAGAGCUGGUGGUAGUUAAAGAAGUGGAUCGAGAGCUCUGCUCUUCCUUUGAGUUGGUCUUGACUGCAGUUGACCAUGGAGUGCCACCUAGAUCUGGAUCCAUCUUGAUAACUAUGACUGUGCUGGACUCCAAUGAUAACAGUCCAACUUUUGCCCAGAGUUCUGUGACAGUGGAGAUCAAGGAAGAUGCUUUGCCUGGCACUCUUUUGAUCCAACUCACCGCUAGUGAUCCUGACCAAGGGCCCAAUGGAGAGAUUGAAUAUUCCUUCAGUAAACAUAAUUCAGAACAGGUGCUGAAAACUUUCGCCAUUGAGAGUCAGACGGGUCGUGUCCUCCUUCAGCAGCCAAUGGAUUACGAGGAGAAUCUUGCCUAUGAAGUGGAUGUGCAAGCCAGAGAUCAUGGGGCCAAUCCAGUUCCUGCCCAUUGCAAACUUUUCGUACGUGUUUUGGAUGUCAAUGAUAACACACCUGAUAUUCAGGUGAUUUGGGCAAGAGAGAAAGCAGUGGUAUUAGAAGCUCAACCCAAGGACAGCUUUGUUGCUUUGGUAACAGCAUUUGACCCUGAUUCAGGCAAUAACGGAGAGGUAGAUUGCUAUAUCAAUCAAGGUGGGGAACAUUUUAACUUGAGAUGGAUCAAUCCUGGCAGCUACAUGUUGCUGACUAAUGCCCCCCUAGAUAGGGAAAGCUGGGCAGAGCACAAUUUGACCUUGCUGGUGCAGGACCGUGGGUCCCCCUUGCUGGCUGCAAGUAGACAUUUCACUAUUCAUGUCAGUGAUGUCAAUGACAACAUGCCCUGCUUUGAAACAAAUCCUUACCAUGUUUCCAUUGCUGAGAAUAAUGGAAUUCCUUCUCCUUUGGUGGUUGUCAUGGCCCAUGAUGCAGACAUGGGCCUUAACGGGGAAAUUGUUUACAAAAUCCCAGACCCUUUUGUUUCAGAUUGGCUCACUAUUGAUACUAACAGUGGAGAAAUCUGGGCGCACACCACUUUUGAUGCUGAAAAUAUUGCCAGUUUUGAAUUUACUGUAAUAGCAGAAGAUAUGGGCCAGCCUAGGCUAUCAUGCAAUGUUUCUGUGAAAGUUACUGUGCUUGAUGUGAAUGACAAUUCUCCAGUGGUAACAAAUCCAGAGAUGGAAGCAGGCUGGGCAAGUAUUUCUGUUCUUGUGGAUCCUGACACUGGUUAUGUACUGGUACAUGAAGAAGGAGGCUCUCGGCUGACCCCCUCUGUGCAGGCUCCUUUACUUUUCACUAUAUCUGCAACAGAUGCCGACUCCGGCUUGAAUGCAGCGUUGCUCUACAACAUCCAGAGUGGCAACGAAGCUGGCAUCUUUGUCCUUGAUCCCCAUGCUGGGCAGCUUUAUCUGAAUAGCAGCAAUGCAAGCAGCCUUGUGGACAGUGAAUGGGACUUGGAGGUGUCUGUCUGCGAUCGAGGAGUGGUGCCACUCUGCACCAGAAUCCUUGUGAAGAUAAUAUUCAGCAGACAUGGUGAGCAAAUGCCCGAUUCUCUUGCGGUCGCCCAAGCCCUUAGCUCCUCUGUAGUGAUUGGGAUCUGCUUUGUGGGGCUGCUUGCCAUCUCUCUGGUAAGCCUGGGGUUAAUAAUGUCCCUUUGUAAAAAGGAGAAGCAUAAUAAUAUGUCAUACAACUGUAGGGAGGCAGAGCAAACCUAUAGGCAACAGCUGCUGAAGAAGCCCCCCAAACCUAUUGAGAAAGCUGACAUUUUUAUAGUGCCUGUGUUACGACAGGAGGAUGCAGAGCAACCUCACACCAAGAUAGAGACCCCCCUAGAAAUUUCCUGGGUUGAUGAUGCCUUGGGGAAGCCAUACCCCAUGACUCCGACUCUAUACAGAACUCUUAGAAACCAGCAAAAUGAAACCAGCCUUUCUGAAUGUAAAAGAUUUGUUCUGCCUUCCAUGCAACACACGCCUGGCUAUGCUCCAAAUGGAGGAGAUCACUGCGCUCAGGAGAUGCAGCCCCCGGAUCCAAAGCCACAUCCUGCCUCUGGGCCCAAGGACCCUUUGUCAGCGCUAGCCUCACAGCAGCAGGACAGGCUUCUUCCUAAGGCAGGCCCAGAGGAAGCUCAAAGUCGCCGGCACAUCCUGAGAAGCCUAGUGAGGUUGUCUAUGGCAGCUCUUGCUGAGCAAGGCCCUGGCGGACAGUUAACCAUGGAAUCCGGCUCUGUUCAGCAAAUCUCACAGUUGCUGUCUCUUCUGCAUCAGGGCCAAGUGCAGCCCAAGCCCAAUCACAAAGGGAAUAAAUACACUGCUAAACAUGCAGGUUGUAGGAACCACCACCCAAAUGUGGAGGAUCUCAUCACUAAUGAGGGCAGUGAUAGCAAACAUCAUAACCUGGAGCUGCUCGGGGAAGAACUUGGAAACCUACUGCAUAGCCCAUCAGGACUGGAUCUAGACCAGCUGACUGAGGCAGAUCCAGCAUGGAUGACCAGGCUGUCUCUUCCCUUCUCAACUGACUAUAAGGACAAUGUUGUCUCACCGGGUGCUCUUCCGUUUCCGCUGAACCAGGAAACCACAAGCAGAGAUGAACCUCACACUUUUGAGACCUUUGGCAAAGCAAACGGAUGCAAACUGAGCACAGCAGAGCCCAGGCUGGCCAGCACCUUCCUCUCAGAGAUGAACAAUCUGUUUGAGAUUAUCUUGGCUCAGAAUGUCAGCCCCCAGAGGGACUCAUCGAUGGAGUUCUUUCAGCAAGUCCAAAAAUGUAGCAAGAUCCUAGAUGUAGAUAAAGAUACUGUGGGGGCUUAAAUUGACAGUCCUUUGAGCAGUGUAACUGAUAGCUGCAGCAGAAAGGGUUUGUGAAGAAAUUCCAUGAAAUCUCAACAUCCAGAAACAGAGUACCAAUAGCUCAGGGAAAACAAUGUUUUAAGAGGGAGGAUACUUUAGACAUAUUUCACUUCUUCCUUUCCAGGUACCAUCAUCUAGUUCCCCUGGCCUUACCUACUACAGUAUGUGCUCCUCACUGACAUGGAAUGAUAAUUGCAGAAGGAAUUACGCUUCCUCCUUUGCAAGGAAAUGGUGUGGAAGGUCUCAUUGUGGCGAAUAGUGACGAGUUAAUGAAAAACCUUUUGGAGCACAGGUGUUUUUUCUUCUUGUUGAUUAAUUUUUAUGAUUGCAAUGACAUAGGAGCAGGAACAAGAAAGCAAGGCUCAAAGAUACUACUGCCUUUUGAUCUGACAGGACACAUAACAGGUGCUCCUAACUUAAUAUCAAGUUUUCAUUUAUAUAAGUUGCACAGAGAAACUACCGCAAAAAUAGUUUUUUUGAAAACUAAAGGCAACACUCAAAACCCAACAUUCUUUAAAAGUAACUUUUAAACUCUGCUGUUUUCUAGCACAUUAAAACUGCUCUUCUGUAAAGCUGGAACUGCUAAUACUACAGAAAGGAUUAGAAUUUUUGAAAGACGUGACUAGAAAUCUGUGUAUUUGAUGGUAAUAUUUUGGACCUACAACUUGAAUACUGUCUUUCUAAGUUCAAUUUUUUAGAAAAAUCAGCAACAACCAGCUUCUUUGAAAAAUGUAAAAUUCUUUGUCUAAUAAUU